CACCGCCCCUCCCGCCGGGCGGAAGUGCGUCAUGGCGCCGGGCGGGCGUUGCCAUGGAGGAGCUGAGCGCGGCGCUGCUGGCCGGCGUCUCCCUGGCGGCCCCCAACAGCCCGGCGGCCCCGCACCCCCGCUUGGCCGCGUACAAGCCCCGCGGCGGCCCGGGGCAGGCCGAGCGCCGCCAGCGCCUCCUCCGCCUCCAGAGAGAGAGGCGGCUGGACUACGUGAACCAUGCCAGGAGGCUGGCAGAGGACGACUGGGCAGGGGUGGAGAGCGAAGGCGAGGAGGAGAAAGAUGAGGAAGAAGAGGAGAUGGAUGUGGAUGCUGUCAAGAAGCUGCCCAAGCGCUAUGCCAAUCAGCUGAUGCUGUCUGAAUGGCUGGUCGAUGUCCCCUUGGACCUGGAGCAGGAGUGGGUUGUAGUGGUGUGUCCUGUUGGGAAAAGGGCACUGGUCGUGGCGUCCAGGGGCACAACAGCAGCUUAUACCAAGAGUGGCUUCUGUGUCAACAGGUUCCCAUCCCUGCUGCCGGGGGGGAACCGGCACAAUUCAACGAGCGAGAAAGUGUACUCCAUCUUGGACUGCAUCUACAACGAGGUAAAGCAGACGUACUAUAUCCUGGAUGUGAUGUGCUGGAGAGGACACCCUGUUUAUGACUGCCAGACUGACUUCAGAUUCUUCUGGCUUUUCUCAAAGAUCCAAGAGGAGGAAGGGCUAGGAGAGAAAAGCAGGAUUAAUCCAUUCAGAUUUGUGGGCCUGCAGAACUUCCCCUGCACCUCGGACAGCCUGUGUAAGGUGCUGGCUAUGGACUUCCCUUUUGAGGUCGAUGGACUUCUCUUCUAUCACAAGCAAACCCACUACACCCCCGGCAGCACCCCGCUGGUGGGCUGGCUCCGGCCGUACAUGGUACCUGAAAUCCUGGGGCUCACCGUGCCCGCCACCGCACUCACUGCCAAACCCGACUAUGCUGGGCGUCAGCUCCGGCAGAUCAUUGAGAGCAAGAAGAGUAAAAAGCUGGCAGCUGAAACAGGUCAGCCGAGCAGCGCGGUGGCUGCAAGGAGCGGACAUUACGAGCUGGAACACUUGUCUACCCCUCUGCCAGCAAGCUCUCUGGAGGGCCAGGAGGAAGCAGGGAGCCAGAUGGAGAAUUAGGCUGCUGGGACAGACCGGUUGGGUAAGGAGAAAGCAAAAGGUUCCCCGCUUCUCACUGUCACUCACGCUCCCGGAGCGUGGGGCAAAGGUAAUGAUAGGAUGGUUUUGUUUAAAGGGCAUGGAAGUGGAAUGUCUUCCUCCAAGUGCUGCUGGAUUUUUUUUUUAUUAUUAUUUUUAUUUUUUUAUAUUUUUUCCAGGACUUCUGUGAGGCCUUAACAGUAUUGUCUGGUUCUUUACUAAGGCGGCCCAUGUGUUGGGAAAUUAAAUGAUCUGUCCCCACGCUGCAGGGUUCCCGGUUCAGCUCCUGACCCUGCUUCUGUUAAAGCCUCUGGCAAAGCUUCAGUGUUAGGAACAGUGCUCAGACCUCCAAGGUGCAGCUGCUGCUGGUAACCCCAGCCCCGACGGCAGCCGCGGAAACCAGCGUAUUGCAGCCUUCGAUCCAGCUGCUUACUGAGACCUUCUCAAUGAAAGUUUUGUGGUCAGUCCACUUCUAGUAACAAGAAAAAUAAAUGUUUGCAGCAGGGCUGCUGUAAAUCAAUAGGCCAGGCUUUCCACACGCACGUGUUACUGAGGGGAAAAGAAAAACAAAACCCUAAAUUUCCUUUGCCCGUACUCGAGGCUUUUCUCAGUAGGGGGUGGAAGGAACGAUUUCGCUCUGAAAAAAUGAUCACGUUGAUUGUGCCAAAUAAAAGGUUUCUCAGAAAGACAAAUGCUCGAAUGUCUUCCUGCUGCCUAAGGGUGGAAGUGUGCUAUGCCUCCUGAAUAGGGAUUAAAAAAAUCGGUUGCAGCAUUAACUGGAGCGGAGGAAAUGCUCUCCUCUGUGCACUGAAGUGCUUCAGUCCCUCCUAGCCCAAACCCACUUUUUGAGCACCGGCUGCUGCCUUUCCCCGGAUUUAGUGGGGGUGAAAGGAUCGUACACCAUCCCCAGGUCCUUUUCCAGAGGGAAAUUAAAAGGCCAGAGCGGGGCCACUCUUGCCACAGAGCCGGGGGGGACGGGGGGUUGAAAUAGCAGUCUAUGGAAAUGCCCCCUGGAGGAAGGCCCGUAUCCAGGAGGAGAUACGGAGAGCAGGGGUGGCUGCCUGCAGAUAGCAGGGGUACUUGUAUCCCGCCCUCACACCCCCCCGUUUUUCCCAGAAAAAACACUUGUUUCUGUGCCAAGCGUGUGGGCAGCCUGUCAUCAUCUGACU